AUGACGGUCCAGAAUAGCAAUGACCUCGGCCAGGAAAUGCUCCUUAUCCAUAGGUUCGCCGGCGAGCCGCAUGCAGACAGGAAGGACUUCAAUUGCUAUGACGCCUAUCUGGCCGUCUCCGUCUUUCUCACCCGCCCAAUCCCAACGCCAUGGAUGAACACCACUGGUCUCGCGCUCUGCGACUUGUGA